CGUUUUCCGGAAUCGUCUUAGCUAGCUACAGAUGGCUAACACCAAGCUAAAGCAAAGCGGCUGUGCUGGCCGCGUUGACAAGCGUUAGUAUCACGUCCAUAGAAAGGAUUUAUUCACUUAUUCAAACAUAUCAAAACGCUGUUACACAACACUCCUAUAAGGGGGAAGCUGCCUCAUUUGUCACUACACAGUUGCAUCAUCCUUCUCUGAGGAAUAAACCGUGGAGAUGGUGGAGAUGGAUGUUUUCUCCACUGUAUAAUUACAGCCUUUGAAUUUGUGGGACCUACUGCCAGUUGACCAGUGGACCUCACCUCUCAACAUGAAGCCUGUCAGCUAUCAAAGCAUGCCAUCGUCUGUGAAUGGUGGACACCCAAAUUUGGCUUUGGACCGUGUAUUAAGCACUUCAAACGUGACAUAUUGUGAGAAAUGUGGAUUUGGUUCUACAGACGCUGCAGUGUUCAAGAAGCACAUGAUCGAGCAUAUGGGGACGAGGUUUUACUGUUUUUAUUGCAACAAUGUCUCAUUCAGUGAGGCAGAGUUAAACGCUCACCUGAAUCAACACACUGCAAAGUAUCCAUUUAAAUGUCCUCACUGUGGACAGGGGUAUAUGAGGAGGCUGUGCCUUGUGAAGCACAUUGAGCGUUUGCACAGUAAAAGCAUUAGUCAAGGACCUGCUAAACCUGGCACGACAAAAAUGCCACAUAUUCCUGUCUCCAGUGCCUUAACAAGUGUGCCCACUGCUGAUCCAUCAUCACUUCGACCAGCUGUUCGGGUGACAGUACCCACCCCGAGCGCAGCUGCAGUCAGACUGGGUAAAGAUGAACAUAGGGGGAAAACACUGGACACAAAUGUAUCAAAUGCCACAAAUGGUAAUGCAGAACUUUAUUCCCCUUUGAAUGGACUCAUUCAGCACAACAGGGCUCUAACGGUCUCUCUUCCAGAGGAAGUAACGAUCCCUGCCGGAUGUUUGGUUGAACUUGUUGAGGUUAAAACUGUCAAUGGGACAAAGGAGCUAAAGCUGAGACUGGUCUCUCAACAAGAAAACGAGUCUGUCAUAAAAGACCCAAGGACCACAGUCUCUCAAAACACUGCACUGGGAAAGCCACUAUCAUCCACAUUAAAUUAUCCAAACACUGUGAAGUCUGUGAGUUUGGGGACGUGCACAGUUAACAGGAAACAGUGUGAAACAAAGACGGUGAAUGUGGAGCGUCCUGCUGUUGUUCCAGUCAGUAUUUCCAAAACCCCCCACAAUCAAGUAAGCAAAGACAAAGGUGGGUUGAAAAGAACAUCACAAGAAAUAAUAAACUUGGAAUGCCACACAGUUAUUCCAAACAAGGUUCACAAAAGCAUCCUGAAUCUUGUAAGAGAGGGAAAUAGUGGGAUCAAAGUUACAGAGAGAGAACCUGUGAACCAUAAUGCAGCUCUGCCCACUGUUACCUCCACCAGGGUGACUAACAGGUUGCCUAGCACAUUGCAUUCACAAACCAUGGGAGCAGGUGUUUCUCAGAGAGCAGUGGAUGAGAGAAAGACUUUAAUUCCAGAGCUUUCCAAGAGCAUCCCACCCAGGAGGGCAAGUGACGUAAAAAGCAUUCCUCGAGAUGUGUCGGUGGCUGUUAAGAUGGAACCGAGGGAGAUCCGCCCCAAGAACAGCACUUCAAAAAUAAAGAAAGAGGCAGUGGGCUUGAACCAGCAAAGUCUGAAAUCAGCUUCUCCUUCCUUGAGUGUUCCCUUAGCUGCGGCUGCCCAAGCAAGACCUCCAGCGAUUUUAGUUUGUAAGGAUAAUGUUGCAAAUCCAUCCUUUUCAGUACCCAGGAUCCUAAAUGAGCCCUCUCCAGUCAAAACACCUGUGCUUUUUAAUCGCACAAAUUCAAAGAUCUCGUCUUGGAACCAGGAAGUCAGAUCCAGUGAGAGAGCCGGAGAGGGAGACAUGCCAGAGGGUUUUCCAGUUAUCUCUUCCGUGUUUUCACUAAGUCAACAACCAGAGGACGUGCAAGGCCCCAUUCAACCGCUGGUAAUGGCCCUGCGUGGUAUAGUGAUGGAUAAAAGUAACAGUUCUGGUGGUACAACACGAGAUCACACCAGGAUAACAAACAGCACAGAGCAGGUGAAGGAGGCGCCAACAUCGGGGUACUGUGCUCAGGUGGCCACAAAAGAUGGAUCCUUCACCCGCAGCCUUCUGUUGACAAAGCGGACCAGUGAGUCUGUAAAAGUAGAGGAGCAUGAUAAGGGUAUUCAGCACCCUCCUGCACUGACCCACAACCGUACCCAUCACAAGGAGGAAAAAAAGACCACUACACCAACAGACAAUAAUAAAUGUAGUCAUACUCCUGUGUCAAAACCUUCAGCAGUUGAGGAAUCAGUUUCUAAAAUUGUCGCGCAUGCAGAUGCAUCUGGGACUGCAGACUCUCUACAGCAAAUGGCAAAAAGUGAGCAUGACAUCUCCUCAAAGUUCCUGACUGUCUCUCUGAAAAGGGUACAAGUAGGCGUGUGGAAAAAAAGCAUGAAAGGACUGAAACUUAGAAUAUCCAAAUACAAGACUCAGGUACCUAUGGGCAGUCUAACUGACUGUACAGUUAUUUACCCAAUGCCGCUGAAGGUGGACCAACUGGUUAAACGGCCGGGCCCAUACCAGCCUGUGGUGGUGCUCAAUCAUCCAAAGCCCCGGGCCUCCAUACAGGGAGCGAGAACAGACACUGUAGCUGACACAGGAGCCUCUGAGGUGGUUCCAAAGUGCCAAAUCUUAAAAAUGAGACUGAGCAAAGUGAUGGGGCAGAAGUAUGAGGUCAUGGGGUGCACUGUUGGAGUCUCUCCAUGAAUAUCAAUACCAGUGGACAGGAGUGUACAUUUAUGGAAAUAACUAGUAUUACAAUGAGAAGAUGUUGACUUAGAAAAAAAAACAAAAAACAGGGCAAUUAUUUUCUUUAUGGGAACAUAAUAUUAAUGUACAUCUUAGUAUCACUGAGCAUUAUGUUAUACGAAUGUUGUUUAUAUAGGCAUGGGAUAUUGAAUAUUCAAGUGCAAUGCAGUUUCGCUGCUUUGAGUCAUGGUACAUGGACCAGCUGUAGUAGAUUGCAGUCAGUAAUACACAGAUGUUAAGUACUGUUUCAGAAGUUUGAGAAACCAGUAGAUCUGCCAGAGUUGAGGCAUGCAUGCUGUUUACUUAAAAAGGAUAACAUACUGUAUUUAUUUUUUGUUUGCAUCAGUAAUGUUUUAUUGUUCAUCUGGCCCCUCUAAGACAUAACCUGAAUUAGGCGCAGUAGACCUGAGAUGAUCAAAUCUUUGUGAGCUAACCCACUCAGAAUAUAAACAAUGCCAUGAAGACAUGGAAUGUGCACAGCUACCGAUUUUAAUGAAGGGAAAAUCAGUGGUGUGGGUAUUAAGUAAUGAUGAAAUAUUUGUUUUGUGGUGACAUUUAUGUAAGAUGUCAUUUCUUGUGGGUCAAACCUUAUAUGCAAAAUUUCGCAGAGAAAUAUACAGUGAAAAAAUGUCUUAUUCAAGUAUUAAUCUCCAAUUUUCUGUUGUUAAUACUCAGAUUAACAGAACAGUCCAAGGCAAGGAAAACAAAUUUCCAAAUGUGUCAAUUUCUAAUCAUAAUAUAUGGACAUAAAACGCUUACAAGCCUAUAAAAUGUUCUGCUUCUUAGACACGGACCCCCUUCUUUUGCUGUGACGAUGGAUAGUUGUAUAGACACUGAUCCUGCAUCCAGAAAGUCAACAUUUUAACACUGAUAACCUUAUAACUGGUCAACAAGGCAUGUCCCAUUUCUUAAGCUCGUCCAAAUCUGGCCUGAGAAAUGUGGCUUUCUUGAUCACAGCCAGUAUCAUAUGUGUAGCACUCAGUAUCCUUUUAUUCACGGUGUGUCAGUCAGUAGUGUAGUGGUGCAUUCAGGCACUCUUUGCCAACUCUUAAGUUUUGGAGACGCUGCGUGACCAUGUCGUAUUUACCAGAUGGUCAUCAGUCACUGGUAAAGUUGUCAAAUUAACUGGACCAAUGAAAAAGAGUGCCAGGUGUAAAUAAUGAAAGGUGGGCAUAAACACCACUGUUUGUUUUUGUUAUCAGUUUGGAUAUGUUGCAGAGAAAUGGAAGUUAUGUUUGCCAAUUGUACAUCAUGUGUUGUGUGAAGUGAAAUAAACUGUAAACUUGGGUAUUAUGGAAUGUGCCCCAGUUUUCUACUCGUAUUUACCACUUUGCUGGCCAUUCUUGGUGAUAAAUGUGAAUGUUAUUAACUUCACCAGUUGACGAGGAGUGCCUGAAUGCACCGUUAGUUUUGGUUUAUGUGAGGCUACAGCUAAAAGCUACAAUUUUGACUCUUUCUAAUACUCCCUAGUACAGAUGGAUAAGAAAGAUGAACUUAUUAAUGGCUGCUUUCUGUUUAACUGUACCAGAAGGUUAAAGUCUUACGUCGUGCAUUUUUAUAUUUGAUUGUUCAGUCUCAUUUUAACCUGGAUUUGAGGAAUUACUAUAAGAUUCAUAUUAUUAUUAUUAUUUUUUUUUUUACCACAUUUGGGUGUUUGUAUUCAUGGAAUUUCAAUGUGUAAUUAAUCACAGAUAUUUUGUGAUUAACUUAUUUGAGCUUACAGUCCCAGAAACAAGUGUUAACGCUGAAAAAUCCAUCUUGGAUCAUUACUCAUUGUGCCAUACAGUUGGCUUUCUUUAGCGUCACUGCUUGUAUAGCCUCUUUACAAAAGAAGCUGGAGCUCCUUAAACUGUGGUGCAAAAUUGAGUGGAUCAGCCCAAACUGGUUAAUUACUGUAACAGAACACACUUGUAUUUUAUUUUAUUUUAUCUAACCGCCAUGUACAUAAUCUUUGACUGUGGUGAUUCUGGAGCCCUUGAAAACCGGUUAAAACUUGUAUAUUUGUCAGAAAAAUCAUCAAAAGGACAUAAGUGAUCUUCUAUCCAAAUACUUUUCAGAUCUGUUUCUCUUCUUAUGACAGCAUUGCAACACCUGUGUGUUCUUGUUUAUAAUGUAAUGAUGAUGUAGAGGGGGCUAGACCUAUGAUUAAAUUAUAGGUUUUGGUUCCCCACACUUUUUAUUGUGUAUAUAUAUAUAUGUUGUGGUCACCCACAGAUUUUAUUGUGUGUAUAUACCUAUAAAUAUAAAACGUGAUGACUGGUGUUCAUACUCAGUAGGGAAUGUUUGACAUUCCUCAGCCUCUUCUGCAACAGCAGUUUAAAAGUGUUUAAGGGUGUGACAGUUCUUUCUAAAUGGUUUGCUUUGCUUUUCAUUCACUCGUUUGUGUGAGGUUUACUCAUGUAUCAGUUAAAACUUUUGCGUUUUCCUGCAUUCUCAUUGGUCAUUAUUGUGUUCCAUGCUUUUAUAAUAACAAUUGUGUAACUCCUUUUUUCUAUUAAAACAAACAUGAUCACAAUUUA